CGCAACUCUUUCCACAUUUUUUUGAACAAAAAAGAAAACUCUUUCCGCAUUUUUUUUAUCAAAUUUCUAGGUUUGAUUGAUCGUUAAUUUUUGGUCUCCAUUCUCUUUAGAUUAGGCCAUGCAUAUCUGGUCAGAAUUGUAUUCCGAUAACGUGAUUCCUCGGGCUCCUCAAGUUGGAAGCGAACCCUCAACCGACACAGACGAUGGAGAACCCACAAUAGACGACGACUUGAUUUCUCAACUUGAAAAACUCUCGAUGGACAGUGGCGACUGGAGGAGUCAAUCUCUUCCAAAUUCACGACAAGAGAUUACCUACAAGAUAUUUGAUACAUUGAAGAGUCAUCCUUCUGUAUCUGGUCACGAGGAAUUACAAGAACUCUUGAAAAUGGCCGUGACGUUUGAGGAAAAGAUUUAUACUUCUUCCACAAGCCAGUGGGAUUAUCUACAAAAAAUUUCUCUGAGGAUGCUUAAAGUGGAUACCAUGAUUCAGAACACAGUGGAUAAUUCAUUACAACCUAAUCCUGCGGAGGUUUUUAUUCUGCUUGAGCAAUGUUCGGAAGAUUCCCCAGCCCAAGCAAGACUUGCAAAUGAGGGUGAUUGGCAAGAAGAGGUCUAUCAAAAGAUCAAAGCCAUGAAGGAGAUGUACUUACCCGAGCUAAGUGAAAUGUAUUGGAAGAUUGCUACUAAACUUCAACCGCACGAUUCUCUUCCACAACAACCAAAGUCAGAGCGGCUUGAGAAGCUAAAAAUGUUCAAAAACAUAUUGGAGCGCCUCAUAUCAGUCUUACAUAUUACCAAGAGCAGCAUUUCACCUGGUUUGAAAGACAAGCUGGGUUCAUACGAGAAUCAGAUAAUAAAUUUUAUUGAUACAAAUGGACCGAGGAAGCAAGUUCCUCCUCGGCAACAAGGGCAGCACUCGCCACCUCAUAUGCACUCCAUGCAGCAGCUGCAAUCUCAAAUUACUCAAGUGCAGUCUCGUGAAAAUCAAAUGAACCCGCUGUUGCAAACAAUGAAUUUACAAGCUUCUCUAGAUUGCCGAGCCCAGACUGGACAUGCAAACGGGAGUGAUUCGCAAGAGGAGGUCUAUCAAAAAAUCAAAGUCAUGAAGGAAAUGUACUUAACCGAACUAAGUGAAGUUUAUCAGAAAUAUGUUACUAAACUUCAGCAGCCCGAUUCUCUUCCACAACCACCAAAGCCGGGGCAGCUUGAGAAGCUAAAAAUGUUCAAAACCAUGUUGGAGCGCCUCAUAUCAGUCUUACAGAUUUCCAAGAAUAGGAUUUCACCUAGUUUGAAAGGCAAAUUGGGUUUAUAUGAGAAGCAGAUAGUAAAAUUUAUUAUUACAAAUAGAACGAGGACGGAAGUUCCUCCUCUGCAACAAGAGCAGCUCCCCCCACCUCAUAUGCACUACUCGAUGCAGCAGCCGCAAUCUCAAAUUACUCAAGUGCAGUCUCAUGAAAAUCCAAUGAACCCGCAGUUGCAAACAAUGAAUUUACAAGGUCCUGUGCCAACAAUGCAGCAGAACAAUAAUAUGACAAACUUGCAGGAAAAUUCGUUGUCUUCUAUUUCUCGGGUUUCAAGUUCAACAGCACAGCACAACAUGAUGAAUCCAUUGCAGCCGAGUACAAAGUUGGAUCCAGGACAGGGAAAUGCACUGAACUCUUUGCAGCAAGUUCUGUUGGGAUCUAACCAACAAACUCCUGUCAAUGUUUCCCAACAAGUGAACAUGAAUUCGAAUGCCAUGUCAUCACAGAGUGGGGUUAGUAAGCUGCAGUCAAAUAUUAACUCCCUUCAGUCAAAUUCUGGUAUGCUUCAACACCAGCAAAUAGAACAGCAAAAGCUUCAGAAUCAACUGAAGCAACAGUGUCAACAGCAAAUGCAGCACCAAUUGAUACAGCAGCGGCAGAUACUACAGCAGCAACAGCAGCAGUCACACUCUCAUAUUACUCACAUGCAUCUUAAAAAUCAAAUGAACCAACACCCUCUGACAACAAUGUUGCAGAGCAACCCGGUGUCUGCGGGCUUAAAACGAGAUAGGCAGGAAACACUUCAAGCACCAUUUCAGGUAUCAAAAUCCAUGCGUCCAUCACAAUUUGCAAUGGAUCAGGCAACGCUGUUAUCUCAAUCUCAAAGAUCCCUAAAUGAGGCACUAUCAUCAUCUAUUUCGAAUUCUACAAAUCGAGGUCCUAUGGCCAUGAUGCAGUCAAUGCAGUUUCAAAAUGAUAGAUAA